UCGAACACAGGUAACCGCACGCCUUUCUUUGGCUUCGGUGCGCCCCCGGCCGCCCUUGCGGUAUGAGUAAGCACCGUAUCCACCAGUCUGCGGUAGGCAGAGGGUGUCAUCGAAGUGGGGCAUCUCUCCGCGGGCGAGCUGCUGUUCUGCACAUCACUUACACGGCACCUUCCCGGCUGGAUCCUGGCAACCUGCCCAGGAGGAUGUUUCUGCGUACAGUCUCCGAAGCUGUUGGCCAGCCGAAGUCAGCGUUCAAGUGUGCACUCUAGAAUAACGUGGUCCAUAUUUUGGUAGGAAAGGCUUUUGGAUGCUCACCAUCACGAAAAACAUAAAGCUUGUUGAGAGAUAUCUAUAUUGGAAGGUUUGGCUUUUCUGGAUCUGUUUUUUUCUUGCUCCAACUUAUGAUGGGAGAAAGUCUACUAAAACCUUUGGCACAGCCAGUUUGGGGGCAAAGGUCAAUUGGAAUUGACUAGGGACUUGUGACUUUUAAUUUUGUACUAAUAGUUUAUGAAUGUAGAUGGUAGAUCUUUUAAGACAGCUAAACUGAUCUCAUCUAAGCCAUAUUUUUUCUAUGUGUUUUAUGAUGUUUAAACCAGAGUUUGGUUUAGAUCCAGGAGAAUAUAUUCAUACAGAAGAGUUGAAGGUAUUUGUUAGUUAUCUCAUAUGAGGCCAGUGGUCUGUUUGUGAGCAGCAUGCUACAUCUACAACUAACCACCAAGCUCUGGAGCACCAGAAGGGAGUCUGUUUAGUUCUCUGUAUGUGAUAAUCAGGACCCAGCGUACUGCUGUAGUUUGGGUUUCUCCCAAAAAGCACCCGGCACAUUUGACAAAAAUACGAGCAGCACCGUGUUCUCCUUGUGGAUCAUAGGUAUCAGUUUUCCUGAUACUGCUCUGUCUCUGAGAAUGGAACAUUUUCAGCUAAUCUCCUGUUCAGAUUUCUGUGAAAUACACAAAUACCUGCAUAAAUCUAUGUUUUCUGAUUAAUUUUUUUUUAAUAUCUAAAUUCUGUUUAUUGCUGAUUCAUUUCCGACUUUGAACUUUUGACACCUGACUAGUCAAGUGAAACUCUUCAAAUUCAUGCUCCCUGAACUUGAUUAUGUCCUGCUACUGAGCAAGUGUGUGUUGUGAAUAAAGCUCCAGUUUCACAACCUGAAAUUGUCAGCGAACCUCACUGGAAACAAGUACUAAAGUCACUACCUGGAGAACAGUUUGUGUUUGCUCUUUCAGUGUUGAUGCUAGCAUGGACAGAGGACUUCCCUUAAUUCUCUAGCACAGACAGCUAGGAUGUAAACACCGAUGAUGAAUGCUGCCAUGAUCAUAAUAAACACUGAAAAGGUUUAGAAUCCACUGAGGAUACUGCCUUGUUCUCUCCCAUGUUCAGUACCAUAGUCAGUCUAAGCAUGAUAGAUGCUAAACUGUGGCUUUAGAUGUGGUUGAUUUAAUGUUGCAUCUCAUCCUUCCCCCUCUCCCCAAAGCCAGAAGGGUGGGUGGAAAGAUUCAGGGCUAAGCUUGGCCCUGUUCUUAUGAGUGAAAGCCCAGUCUAAUAUUACUGGCUUGCUGUCUCUCAGCUUUGUAUUGUGUGAACUGUCCACAGGAGAGAAUUUGUUCCAAAACUGUCACAGUCUUCAUCCAGAAGUUGUUCAAAAUUAUUUUUACUACAGUUCAGCAAUUUUAGCACCUGUCUUUGUUACUGAUAUGUAAACUGUGGACAAGUUGUGGGAGUUUCUCACGGAGUGUCCCAUUCAAGCUAGAAAUGUUUGAACUAGUAACUAUUCUCCUUCCCACCUCCCACAUGUCCUUGAAAACAUGUUUAUUAAGUCUCAUUAUUAUUUCUUUUCAAAUUUUCUCCAUACCUGCUCACAUAACUUUAGUAGCAAAGGAUUGUUUUCAGAGAGGAUGCUCAAGUAGAACAGACAUGUUUACUGAGUUGAGAGAGAUAACUGAUAAAUGCCAGUGAAUGAGUUGGUUCUUGCCAUGCUAUAUCAUCAGACCACACUCUGGGUGUGCUAAGACUCUUCUGACCUAGCCAAGCAGUGUCCACUGCAAUGAUCACCGUAAUCUCUAAACUUUGCAGACAGAGUUUUUCCUACGUCCUGCUAUAUUCUCGCUUUUCUUUUCUUUUUCUUUUUUUCUUUUUUUUUUCCAGUUUCAUCUCCAUUUCUGACCUUCAGCAUCAGCAGCGUAUACCCUGCUGCAGCCACCUGACCUGGAGCACUAACGAAUUUAAAGAAUGGGCUCGUCAAGGCCAAGUUGCUUUACCCACACAGACAGCUUUGCCAAGGACUUACCUGAUCUUGGUUGGCUAUAUCACAGAUGGAAGGCAAGAGAACAAAGAAAAGUUGGUAGAUGGUUGCCUAUAUGUAAAGGACAAUACUGGGAUAAUUCCAUGUGAGCUCCUGCAUUUUGAACUUGAGUGGCUGGAGUCACUGGUCGUCUUCCCAAGCUGGUCAUAUAUACCACAGACAGACCAGAGUGCAGCAGGGUACUUGGAAAUCCUGGAGGAUCCAGUGCCAGUAAAUACCCCUAACAAAGUACUUCACAGCAUUCCAGUCACCUACCCAACAUCAGCUGAGCCACUGCUCAACUCCAGGAUUCCAUGUAGGAGAAGAUCAAAUCUUACUGUAGCAGGUGAAUUGAUCAGACUUGGGCCUCUCCUUUGUGUUCGCCACAAGACUUUCUUCUUUCUGUUUCUAAAGUGCUUCACCUCAGCUGUUUGUGUCCCUGUGCUGGUGCAGGAACCCAGCCAGCUGGCAUGGCAUCAUGUCCUCCAGUUGGGUCACAGGUACACAAUAACAGGCCUGAGUAUGUCCAGCCUGAAGAAAUCUGGACAAAAGACGUUUGUCACGAGUGUUCCUUCCUGCCUUCUACCCUACUGUGUGGAGCACGUGAUGGAGCAGCUACUGAACAGUACUUGGCAAGGAGAAUCCACUCAGUCUUCUUCCCUUGAGACUGCUGAGCAGCUCAGUGGCUCCUUGGAGCUGGGAGUUGAAGAGGAGGGGCCAAGAUCAACCAGAGAGUCCAAGAUCAUCUCCUAUGUGGGAAUUGUCACCAAAAUACUCAAUGUCCAAGCUGGUCUCUUUUUACUGGAUAACCAAGUCUGCUUGUGCCUUGCUUACCUCCCAGUGUUGAAAUCUGCACGUGGACUGCGGCCAGGAGCAUGUGUGGAACUCAUCGAUGUCCACCUCCUGCAGAAGCCUCUGGUAUCCUUCCCUUUCGUUGUACUUGGUGCUUGCCUGAGCAGCACUGUUGUGCUGAAGAGGUUUUCAAGGCUCAGCACCCCCUACCAGCCACCGACCUCUUCAGAAAAUCUCUGCUUACAGCUGCUCUUCCGCUACAAUCUUGAUAUGUCACUCUACCUCUGGCUGGUGAGCCUCCUGGAGACCUUUGAGGAGAGGUUUUCUUGUUUCUUUGGGCGCCGUCGACUGCUCAGCUGUACUCACCAAAACCCAGGAGCUGCUGAAAAGUUUCUUGUCCCCCUUCUGCAAGCUAUGGUGCCAGACAGAGAGAAAGCAAGAGAUAUUUAUAACGAAAUUCUGGCAAAAGUACACCACUGUCCCCUGCAGAAAUAUUUGACUCUGGACCCCCCAUGCCAGGCCCCAUCUCUGUCUGCAGUUUGCCAUGUAGCCCAACAGAAGAGCUGGGAAGGCUUCAGUCCAUCACAGCUGCUCUCUCCCUUGGAAGCACAGCAUAUGGGCACCCAGGACCUGAAUCGCAGACUGGUCUGGUCCUACUGCACACUCUCAGCGGGAAGUUUCCAGCCCCGACUAAUACUGCUGGGUGUGCUGAGGGUCUCGUCCAGGAGCAGUUCGCUCCAGCUGCAGGACAAGAGCAGCACGCUUCCCUGUGUGAUAUCCCAGAAGGAUGGUAGCCCCUUUGCCAAUACAGCUCUCAUAGGAUCACUCUUGCAGGUGGAAAACUACCAACUUGUAGUGGAGAGAUUCCUUCAGACUGAUUUUCCCUCCUGGGAGCACCUGGAAAAUCUUGAACAUGUGAGGGAGAAAAAAAACAGUGUCUAUGUGCAGUUCUACUUUGAGGAUGUUCAGGUUCUCCAUGCUGCUGAAGGACAACUUCAGAAAGGCCUUAGGAGUGAAAACAGCUCCUCUUUGAGGAAGAAGAAAGAUGACGAUGUAACGCCUGAGCUGGAAGCUCCUGAGGCAAAAGUGCUGAAAUUGGAGGAUCCCAAGUCAGAUACUCACAGAGAUGAGAACUGUCAGGGGGGGCAGAGUAGCACUGGAACAACCAGCUGUGUAUCUCACCUGUUCUUGGUUAUCCAGAAAGAGGGGCUUAUGUUACGCAAUUACCAACUACCCAGAGAAGAUGGAGAAGGACAGGAGCUGCAGCGCAGUUUCCAGGCCACAGUGCUGUGGCUGGGCAGACCUCGGCUGUGGAGCCACCCUAGAGAAAUUGGGAAUCUACCAGAGCUGGAGGACACCAGUUGUGAUGGAGAAGAGGGCGUGACACAGCAAGAAGCACUGCUCCUCUUUCUGGGAAAGUCUCUACGAUGGUUUCCAUUUCUGCACCAGGAUGGACUGUAUCGCUUCAUUGUGCCCUGCUGCUCGGAUUUGGAAGUGUUUGACAAGCUCUGUUUUCCACCUGUGCCAGCAACCUUCCUGACCAGGCCAUCUUGCCCCCUGUGCCUGCCUGUCCAAGAUACCUGGCACUUACAGCAUGAGACUUGGAUCUCCCGUCUGCCUGAGAGCCAGCUGGCAGCCAGGAUGGUGCUGACAGGCGUGGACCAGAGAAUUUUCUCCAUUCCAGAAGUGCUUAGCAGCAGUUUUACAGGUUCCCUUGUUUCUUUCUCUGGUGAGAUAGUGGAGAGGACCUUGUGUGCCUCUCCCAAGAAUGAGAAGCCAUCUGUGACUGUUCGCCUUCCAAGGCAGAAAGGGAACCUGCUAGCCAGUGAUCACAGUGUGAAGCUCAGCGUCUCGGUUGCUCCAGGCUCCCCUGUUGUGAUGGACAUUUACAUUACUGCCACCUAUCUGCAGCAUCUCUGGGGUUUGCUACCUGGAGCCAAGAUCCUCUUCCAGAACCUGGAACGCAAAAUCUCAAGUCCUGCAGGAGAAGCCUCAUCCCCCUCACUAGUGUUUCUGUCCAACUUACGACCUCACCUGCAAAACCUACCCCGGGCACGGAUUUUAUGCCACUUGUCCUGUGUACUGACUGUGUACCUGCAGUGGGUUUGCUCACUUUGCAGCAGCGUUUUCAAGGAGGGGAGGUGCACCCGACACAAUCCACCAUGUCCAUCACACACAGGAGUGAGACAAGCCAGUGCACGGGUGCUGGUGGAGGACGGAACAGGUGAAGCUGUGGUGCUGUGCAGGAAUGAACAUGUGGCAGCAAUGCUGGGCCUGAGCCUUCCUGAGUGGGAAGCUCUGCAGAACUGUGUGCAGAGCAGGGGCAGCAUGUCCAUUCAGCAUGGGGAAGCUACUGGCACGGGGUGUCUAGAGGAACCUGAGGAUAUUGUUGCUUGCUACCUAAGGAGUCUGUGCAGGAGUCCUCUCAUCUGUCGUCCUAUCCUGCUGGAUUUCAGCCUAGACAGGAAGCCCUCCAAGAUCUUGCAGCCUGCUCCAGCACAGCUGAGAAAUUUUCGGUGUGGUGAAGUGGAGUUUGUGUCACAAGUGGGACCUCGUCUGAGCCUGCUGUGCCUGAAUGUGGAGGAAGUGGAACAAGAUGCCUUACGCUAUCUGAACAGUGAGAGGAUUAGGAGGACAUCCAGUUACUGCUGAGUGAGAGACACUGUUUAACAUCUCUUCCACUGGGAGAAGAAUUAUGGAAAUACCUGCUGGGAUUGGGAGCUUUUUUUAUCUCCUUUCCAGUGGGAGCACAGGCCCGUGAGCACAGGGUGAAGGGUGCAAUCAAGAAACUACUGUGACUUGUGGAAUUCCUGAAUGGUCCUUCUAGACCAUUGUCCACCAGUGCUACUGGGCUACGUUUUGGAAGAAAAAUAUUCAAUGCUUCCUAGGUGAUAGCCAUUGCCUCAGGCCUAGGGCACACAAUGUGUGUAUUUUAUUUGGUAGUAUCUACUAAAUAAAGCUAUUAAAAUAGUAUUUUAAAAACA